AGCAUCCCAAAUCCAAACCUCACACGACGACAAGGAAAAUUCUUUUUCAAUAAUUUUUUUGCCUUAGGUUGAUGUAGUUUCUCUUUGCGCCGCGCUCGCAGUCGCAACGACGUAAGUUGCCGGUCCUUUCGGCAAGAGGCGGCGGUCAUCUCUCACAUCAAAGUUGCGAAAUCCCCCUCCGCACAUCAUAAACAUGAUCUCGCGCCGCCGUUUGAUCUUUUUUUUAAUCGGGCAGCUACCGCUGGAAGACUACUCCGUCGCGGCGUAUGUGGGGGGUGAGACAAACAAGAAGCGCAGUCUGCGCUUUCCUCAGCACAGGCCGCAUCUCCAGGACCUCAAGAUGCAAGAUGGGCAAAGAAACAACCAGCUCAGAAACCUGAGCGGUGGCACACGAAGUACCAAGAAAGGCGAAGAAGUGGCAUCGUUUGUGGCAAAGACCGCUAUUAAAAAGCAGAAGGACAAUUACGGGUUGACGGAACGCGGAACGUGGUGCGGAUUCCCGGAGUUCCAGGCCCUGUUGGCGCCGGCGAGCGACCCGGACAGCACGGACUUUGCCUGCCCCGCGUACGUGUCUGGGUUCGCCUUCAGCGGGGGUGGCAGCCGCGCCGCGGGGCUGGUGGGAGCGGUUCUCAAGGUGUACCACGACGAGGAACUGCGACUGCCGGAGUACGUGACCGGCGUGUCCGGGGGCACGUGGGGCUUCGCCACCGGCCUGUUUGUCCCGGGUCCGGAAAGCGCGGAAAUAUGCAUUGCAAAAGUAUCGUACUAGUAUAAAUCGCAAUACAAAUUUUUCCAGAAGAAAAAAUGGAAUUUGUAAUGCUGAUUUCGCUAAGAAACAAGAUCUGUCAUGCAUGAUUGCAAUUAGUACGAGUGCGAUACUUUUGCACAGGAUAGGAAAAGCUGGACGCCAACAAUCGCACGGGCGAGACGCAUAUCAACUGUAAAAAUGUCUGGGUCUGGAAGAAUCCAACUUGUCAUGCUGAUUUUGGAUUCUAAAAAAAUCUAUUCCGUGUUCCGCGUAAAUCUCUACAGGAGAGUGUACGCCGCGUCGAAGGGCCCCCUUCCGUACGGAGCGCCCCGAACCCGUUUUAGCGCACAUUUAUGAUGGCCUUACUGUUCAAAGGAGAGAGUUAGAUCACUUUGUAGAACCCAAACUGUUUAUGCUAGCAAAGGGCUAGUGCGCUGUGGACCCCCAGGAUCAGGUAGACGAGGUCCCAGACCGAAGUGGUAGGCGCUUAGGGUGAACUAUGUAUGUAGCGCUUAGGGCCCUUCCGUACGGCCAAUUUGUAUGUCCCGCAACGGGGUUCGCCUAAGUCGGUCACUUAUAUGCAAGGCGUUGGGUUACCCGGUCGGCAGAGCCGAUCCACAACGAACGAACGAUGAGCAGCAAAGAGUGUCCAAGUUUUGCUACACGGAAAGAGCAUUUGUCAUGCGGUAUAGGCAUCAGGAAGCCCUCACAAAAUCUGUGAUGCUAGGGCAUGCAUCACAGACAUCAGGAGUCAUGCAAAAUGUGCAUGACAAACCUGGCAAUCUUCCAGACCCAGACAUUUUUACAUUUGAUAACGCACUACUUUCCCGGGUUCGGCGACCAGAGCUACCCGGAGUACUUCAUCGGCAAAGAUUGGACGAACAGCGGCGACGCGAACUCGUUCGGCGGGUUGACGCUGAAGGGGCUGCAGGACAAGCACAAGCAGCGGAGUUGCCCGAGCUUUCUCACGGUAGGAUUCGCGCAGUACAUCGGCGACGAGGCUUUGUGCGGGAACGGCAUGGCGGAUUGCAUGUGCAGCGGGUGCGACAUGGCGAAGCUCGUGGACCAGCACCGGUGGAUUCAGGAGCGGAUCUUCUGCGGCGCCGAGCAGAGCCCGGCGCGGUGGAAAAGCUUGCCCUUUGAGUUCGUCCAGUACCGGGACCCGCUCACGCACCGGCCGAUGUUGCGCCGCAAGGGGCUUCCCUUUCCCAUCGUGGUGCAGACCGCCACCGAGAAGGGUCAGACGUUGAAGCCCGAGAGCGGCCCGACGGAGCAGACUGCCUUCCUGUUCGAAACCACCCCGUUCUACGAAGCAGCCAACAAGUACCAAUCAUCCCGCACCGCGGAAGCGGAGCGCGCCGGCCUGCCUCCGGCGGCGGAGGAGCUGUACGCGAUCGACCGGCUGCACUCGCCCCGGGCCCUGUCCGACGCGGUCACCGCCUCGAGCAACCUUCUGCGGGCGGGGAUCAGCGAAGCCUUCGGGUUCGAACACGCGUUCUUCCUGGAAAACGAGAGCAUGCGCAAGGUGGAUCUGUUGCUGAGUGACGGCGACGUGGCCGACGCACUGGGGGUCUACCCGCUGCUGCGUCGAGGCGUGCAAAGGGUGGUGGUCACCAUGAACACGAAGGGGGACAUCCGGUACUCGCGGUUCCUUCUCCUACGAAGGCUGAUGGAGAAUGUAUCCAGCUCGAGUGAAGAAGGUGGAGACGUGUUGCUAAAACGGGACCACCUGCUGCACUUGACGAGCAUGGAGCAAGACUGGCUGUUCGGGCGGUACGAACCAUUGAAGCAGGCCUUUCACAUGGACGUGCCCUGCUGGCACGCUUGCGGUCUCGACGCGGCGACGCUGCAGCUAUUCGGGCUGCGGACGCGGCCGGACGUGGUGCAAACCGAGCCCGCGUCCUGCUGCGGUGAGAAAACGCUGAGUGACGAGAAGGUGCGCGAGCUCAGGGACGCGGAGAACGCCGCACAGGACGCGGCUGUUGCCCGGCGCCAGGUGUUUGCGCCCGAGGCCUUUCUCGGUGUGGCGGAGGCGCUGGAGUCCGCGGUGGCGACUGGGUAUGGGGCGGUGGCGACCGUCAAGCUGCGCACGAUCGAGAACAAGUACCUGCAGAUCCCCGCGGGGCGCGAAGUGCUCAUGACCUUCAUCAGCCCCACCAACAGCCGGCACUGGGUGCGCGAGCGGUCGGAAACGGUGAAGAGCCUCCUGAACGCGGAGUUCUCCGCGGAUGUGGAGCGCGACUUUGCAACGGAGCAGGCGAAGAUCCAGAAUGUGGACGAUGUGAAGUACGCGGCGUUUUUCCGCGGUACGCCCACGGUCUAUCCGCCGGAGACCCUGCGCGAACAAGCGCUGGCCUCCGCUGUCGAGGAGCGGGGUACGGUGGCCGACAAGGCAGUGUACGAUUUUUUGUUCAACGGCGGAGAUUUUGGCGAAGAUGUCGCAACGCUCCAGAUUCCCGCGAAGAUGUUCGGCAGCUUCGCCCUGGAAAGCAGGGCGCGAAGCGAGCUCGCGUGGACCGGCAUGAUCGGCCGGCAAGUGGACACUCUCGAAUUUGGGGAGCUGUGGCUGACCUUGGCGGAAGCGUGUCACGGUGGGGGGUUUGGCGAGGGCAGCAUGCAAUUGCUAUCGAGCAACGGCCCCAACAAGUAUAACUCCCUCGAGCUCACGGGGCGAGGCACGUACUUCCCACACGUGGAUUCGGGGGGUGUCACCCCGUUGGAGUGCUCGUUUCUGGCUAUGGACGCGAACUACUUUACGCUUAAGAACUUCGUGACUCACUUGACAAUGGAUCUGCUCGACGCCCAAGCAGAGUUGGAGCGCAACGUGCAGAUACCCGCCACAGCUACCGAGGCAGAGCGGGCGAAAAGCUUUUCCUGGAGGGACUGCACCGACCCGAAGAGCGCGACUUGUCGCCGGGGGUUCUACACCAGCGCCUGCGACGUCACGACGGAAUCUUGCAUACCCAUGCGGGUCGCGGACGCGCUUAUAGAGAAGAUGCUCGGGACGCCGGAGUCGAGCGGAAGCUGAAAUGAUAGGCACAAGCAUUCUUGCACCCAGACUAUGACGCAGUACCCACAACUAAAUUUCUAGUUUCCAUUUCUUCAUCCCGUAUAAUUAUACCCAUGCCUAAACUUUUUCCCCAUAAAUAUGCCUAGACCUCAAAAACAAACGGUUUCUUUUUUGAAGGGACGGUGAUGGCUAAAAGUAAAAUCGUAAUCGAUUACAGUGGCGUGAAAGGUUUCAUCUUACUGCUUCAAGGUUUGUUGAUGUUCUUGGUUUGGUUCUUUCACUUCGACAAUUUUCAGAUCGUGCAUUUUAGUAUCAAGAUGCUCUCGAAGAUUCGGUGUUGUCGGCCUAGUAACAAACAUGAAUCUAUACACAGACAAGUUACGCUUACGACUCUACUCCAC